AUGGGGUCAGUCUCAUUUAUCAUAGAGUGCCGCGUCAUCGCCGGAUCCCAGACAGAGAACGGUAUCCAGCUGCUCCAGCGCACUGCCUCACUCCAACACAGCCACACACAAACCAGUCCCCUCUCUUUCCCACAUACACAAAAGUUGCUGUCCCUCGUCAAGUCCACCCUCUCGAUCUCGCUCGCCUUGCUCGCAGUCACCUCUGCAGCCCCGCAAGGUCUAGCCUACUGCUCUGGCUCUGACCUGAGCUACGGCGAUGGUGGCACCGGUACCCUCUGCUCAGGACCUGACUGCUGGCCAACCCAGGUCCCCGUCUCGCCCAUCACGAUCGCCCCCGAGACAGACUUUCUCCCUAUCAACAAUGUCUAG